UAUCCUCAGUCACCCUUCACAUCACCACCAAGCACUUCACCAUGUCAGUCGCGCCUUUCCUCCUGUCACGCCCCAUCUAUUCCUUAAAUAAUGUCAUCUCGACCUCCAUCCUCGCCAGGGACACGGGCAUUCUGAAGAGCAUUGUGGAUAUUGUCUUACCUGUUACAAUAUUUCUGGACAAUUACGUGGAGCAGGUGUAUUACAAGAAGAAAGGGGACAGCGAUCCCAGCAGAAGGAGUCUUGGAGAGGAGCAGUUUGGGGCGUAUGGGAUGAUCGCGGGUCGCCUCGCUAACCAGUUCGGGGUGGACGGGCCGGCGUGUGUUCAGCGGUUCAUGUGUGAGCUACAACAACGGCCCAUACACAAGCGGACCAUGGUGGGGAUGCUUCUAACCCUUCUCUUCACACCGAACGUUAGGAACAAGAGGGACGCGGACCUGCUGACGGAGUACCUGACGGCGCGGAAGCUUGGCAAGAGCGGCGCCUACUGCCACCACCACUACGCCGCCUGUCCCGUCAGUGUGUUCCACUUCUUCGAUAACCUGCGGAACACGACUAACACCUGGUUCUGAUGGAGUAGUGGGUUCCAUAGGUGCUGUUUAUUCCUCCUUCAUCCCCUUUCACUGCAAACUUAUUUAUUUAUUAGCGUAGGUGAGCAGCGGUGUGGUGUGGUGUGGUGCAAUAAAGGAGCCACAAACACUGCAUACAUACUCAUGUACGUUUUA